AAAUGGGGCAACAAAAGAUGUAGUGCUCUGUCCUGUAGCCUCACAUGGUCAAUCAUGAUUUAGACCUACUCGAGAAUAAACUAUGCCAAUAUAUUUUUCCUGGAUGAAAGAUAGGACUACUGUAGCCUAAAUGAAACGUAAAUACGUUGUGAAACUAUAGAUGUUUUCACUUCUGUACAAGCAGUGAAUGAACGCCGUGUGACUGUCUUAUUUUAUCCGUUCUGCAUGCAGUGUCAGCUGAUCGCGUCACGUGAUCCGGUGUCGUGGGUCAUUCCUCUCUCAAAAUGGAGUUGUCUGAGUCCGUGCAGAAAGGGCUGCAGUCUCUAGCAGACGCGACGUUUUUCGACAUGAAAACCUUCUCAGUGUUCAUAGAAGUGGCUUUUCGCAGUUUGCUAUCAGCCCAUGCAGAUCGUAGUGUUCUCGAUCAGCCUGAAUUUAAACGUCUUGACCAGAAGUUGCUGAAACAUUGUCAUACUGCUGCCACGACCUGCAUACUGGAGGGGGUCAAACAAAAUGCUGACAAAUCCACUAUAAGUGCGUGCCUGGAGGAUGUUGGUUUUGAUGCGGAAAGAACAGAAGUUUUCUACACUACGUACCAGAAAUGUAGAAGUGAUCUGGAAACUCUAUUGUCAAGUUUAGGGAGAUGCCCACCUCAUAUCAAUGACGUGUCCUGGCGCCUGGAGUACUGUAUCAAGAACGGGCAUGUGCAUAAGGUCAACGAGCCGUCCUAUCUGAUUUCAUUAAACGUUGAGAAUGCCAACAACGGAGGAUCGUCAGAAGAUCUACAUUUUAGCUGCACGAUGGAGCAACUUCAGGAUUUGGUGGGAAAGAUGAAAGACGCUGCCAAGAGUCUCGAGAAGGCUACGCAGUUGUAAACUUGCGUUGUGCUCGAAGCGCCCUGCAAGAACUGUGGAAUCCGGUUUCUCACGUGACCCCUCUUCUCAUCUGCUCCACUCUUCUCAAAGCAAUGAAGUUCAGCGAUUUCAAGCGGUGUUGAUAUUAUUUGUGUCCGCAUUGUAUUUUAUACUAAUUUCUUUCGUAAGUGUAUAUAUACUGUUGGUUGUCCGUUCUGCAAAGAUGUAUUGUUAUCAAUAAAUACGUUCAAUGAAA